AUGGGGGACCCUCCUGCUGCCAGCCCCAGGGAGCAGGGAGGGCUGGAGCCAGAGCUGGAGCCGGAGCCAGAGCCAGAGCCAGGGCCAGAGCCAGCUCUGCGGGAGAGGCGCUGGGGCCCUCGACGGCUGCUUCUGCUGCUGCAAACCCCGUUUAAACAGCGACUCCGUGGGCGGCAGGUCGUGCCCCGAUGGGGAGCGCGGGGUAAGCAGCGCUUCUCUGGCCAAAAGCAGAUCACCCUCUCGGCUGCCCUCGCCUGCGGCCGCCUCGGGAUGUCGGGCAAGCUGCAGAGCCGCCCGGCCGAGCAUGGCGAGGAUCCCCGCAGGAGGGUGGCCAACGGCACGGGCGGCCCGGCCGCCCCUGUGCUCAGCACCUACACGCCCGAGGAGAUGGUGCAGCAGAUGAAGGAGCUCAUCACCGAGAACAACGAGCUGAAAGGUGAGCGCCAGCACCAGCCAAAUCCCACCGGAGCUAGUAUUGAUGUGAAUCAAUGUCUUAUCUCUGACUAUGAUUUAGAAGCCAUGAAGUUGCACAACCAAGCUAUGAAGGACCGGUAUGAGGAACUUUCUGUCUGGCGAGAGAAGCAGAGAGAAGAACGUGAAUUUUACGAGUCAAAAUUUAAAGAAGCUAAGCAGUGUUUGCUAGCCAAAUGCAUGGAAAAUGAACAGCUACAGAAAGAGCUUCAGAGCUUAAAAGCAAGAGAAGAAGGAGAUGAAAUGGAGGGCUCCCUGACUCCCGAGAAGGCAGCGAGGCAGCUGAAGUCCCAGGUGCUGCGGCUCCAGGCCGAGAAGGCGGAUCUGCUCGCCAUCAUCUCGGAGCUGCAGGUGAAGCUGAACAACGCUGCAGAGGACUCUUUUGUGGAGAUUGCAAUGCAU